GCGGGAGAGUUUGGAAAGCUCCAAACCCAAACGAGACAAAAAUCUAAAAAGCCCGCCAAACCACGCUAUCGUCUUUAUUCAUAUAAUAGCGGCGACCCACUUCGACUCCCUCCCCAACUCUAGGCUCGAAUUUCUCCUGACAUUCUAGCGCUUUAUUUUCCCAAAACCGUCCAAAAGCGCUAGUGAAAUAUUCCUAUAAGAGAGCGCAGGGAAGGAUGUAUGUGGUCAAGAGAGAUGGUAGGCAGGAAUCGGUGCACUUUGAUAAGAUUACUGCUCGUCUGAAGAAGCUGAGUUACGGCCUCAGCAUUGAACACUGUGAUCCUGUGCUUGUGGCUCAGAAAGUAUGCGCAGGAGUCUACAAGGGUGUCACCACCAGCCAGCUUGAUGAGCUUGCUGCUGAGACUGCUGCUGCAAUGACUGCCAACCACCCUGAUUAUGCCUCUCUUGCUGCAAGGAUUGCUGUUUCAAAUCUGCAUAAGAACACAAAGAAGUCGUUUUCAGAGACGAUUCGAGAGAUGUAUAACCAUUUCACUGAGAGAUCAGGGCAGGCGGCUCCUUUGGUUGCUGAUGAUGUUUAUGAGAUAAUCAUGAAGAAUGCCUCCCUCCUGGACAGUGAGAUAAUCUAUGACAGAGACUUUGACUAUGAUUACUUUGGUUUCAAAACCCUCGAGAGAUCCUACCUAUUGAAGGUUUCAGGAAAGGUUGUAGAGAGGCCACAACAUAUGUUGAUGAGGGUUGCUGUUGGAAUUCACAAGGAGGAUAUUGACUCUGUUCUUAAAACAUACCAAUUGAUGUCACAACGCUGGUUCAUCCAUGCUUCCCCUACUCUUUUCAAUGCAGGAACACCAAGGCCACAGUUGAGUAGCUGCUUCCUUGUGUGCAUGAAAGAAGAUAGCAUUGAGGGGAUAUAUGAUACUCUGAAGGAAUGUGCUGUUAUUAGCAAAUCAGCGGGAGGGAUAGGCCUGUCUAUUCAUAACAUUCGUGCAACAAGCAGUUAUAUUCGUGGCACAAAUGGGACUUCAAAUGGCAUUGUUCCAAUGCUACGGGUAUUCAAUGAUACUGCUCGUUAUGUUGAUCAAGGGGGAGGCAAGAGGAAGGGAGCGUUUGCUGUGUAUUUGGAGCCAUGGCAUGCUGAUAUCUUUGAGUUACUAGAUCUCAGGAAAAAUCAUGGGAAGGAAGAACAUAGAGCAAGGGAUCUGUUCUAUGCCCUUUGGGUCCCUGAUCUUUUCAUGAAAAGGGUUCAAGGAGGUGGGACAUGGUCCUUGUUCUGCCCUAACGAGGCUCCAGGUUUGGCUGACUGUUGGGGCGAGGAAUUUGAAAAACUGUACACCCAAUAUGAAAUAAAGGGCAAGGCAAAGAAGGUUGUUCAAGCACAGGAUCUCUGGUUUGAAAUUCUAAAAUCCCAGAUAGAAAGUGGAACGCCUUAUAUGCUUUUCAAGGAUACUUGUAAUAGAAAAAGCAAUCAACAGAAUCUGGGGACAAUCAAGUCUUCGAACUUGUGUACUGAGAUCAUUGAGUUCACUAGUCCUACAGAAACUGCAGUUUGCAAUUUGGCAUCAAUUGCAUUAUCACGAUAUGUCAGGGAGAAGGGGGUCCCUAUUGAGUCACACCCAUCUAAGCUGGUUGGAAGUAAUGGUUCUCAGAACAGAUAUUUUGAUUUUGAUAAGCUAGCAGAGAUUACUGAAAUAGUUACCACAAAUCUCAACAAAAUAAUUGAUGUGAAUUACUACCCCGUUGAAACUGCGAGGAGGUCCAACAUGCGCCAUAGGCCAAUAGGCAUAGGAGUGCAGGGUCUUGCAGAUACUUUCAUAUUACUUGGCAUGUCAUUUGAUUCACCAGAGGCUCAGGAGCUUAACAAAGACAUUUUUGAGACUAUCUACUACCAUGCUCUGAAAGCUUCUUCUGAGCUUGCUGCAAAAGAAGGCCCUUAUGAGACAUAUCAUGGGAGUCCUGUGAGCAAGGGAAUUCUUCAACCUGACAUGUGGAAUGUGACUCCAUCUGAUCGUUGGGAUUGGGCUGCUCUGAGGGGAAUGAUUUCGAAGAAUGGAGUGAGGAACUCCCUUCUUGUAGCUCCUAUGCCCACUGCUUCAACCAGUCAGAUUCUGGGCAAUAAUGAGUGCUUUGAACCAUAUACCUCCAAUAUCUACAGUAGGAGGGUUCUAAGUGGUGAAUUUGUUGUUGUGAACAAACACCUUCUUCAUGAUUUAACUGAGAUGGGUCUUUGGUCUCCUGCUCUCAAGAACAAGAUAAUUUAUGAUGAUGGGUCUGUUCUCAAGAUUCCAGAAAUCCCAGAUGAUCUUAAAGCUAUAUACAAGACUGUGUGGGAGAUCAUGCAAAGGACUCUAGUUGACAUGGCCGUUGACCGUGGUUGUUAUAUAGAUCAGAGUCAGAGUCUGAAUAUCCACAUGAACCAGCCUGAUUUUCGCAAGCUCACUUCCUUGCACUUCUAUGCUUGGUCCAAGGGCUUGAAAACUGGGAUGUAUUAUCUGCGAACACGGGCUGCGGCAGAUGCAAUAAAAAUCACUGUGGAUACCUCUGUUCUCAAGGAAAAGGCUAAGACAAUGGAUGAUGAUCUUGAAGCCAAAAGGGCCCAGGUGGUUUGUUCCUUGGAAAAUCGAGAAGAAUGUAUGGCCUGUGGAAGUUAAAUAAUAUUUCUCCGAGUAACAUUUGUAAUAUUGUCCAUUGUGAAUGCAAUCUUCAUGCUGAGGCUGAUGGCAGUAAUUGUGAAAAGUCCAUUAUGGUGGGCAGUGGGUUUGGUUGAAUAGUUCAUGCGAAAGAUCUUGCAGAGGGCAGAUUUGGUUGAUCAAAUGUGAAGGCCAACCUGCCUCUAUUUAUCAUGACUUUCUUGUAAAUUUAUUUCAAUAUUAUAGCACUAUAACAAGUAUUGCUCUUUUAUGCA